GCGACUAGUAGGGAUGUCAAUUUCGACCUGACCCGUUUUACCCGACCUAUUUGACCUGUUUUGGGACUGGUCCGACCCGCCCCAUAGGCGGGGCGGGGCGGGCAUGGGUACUCUCAUCGAUCCGACCUGCCCUGACCCGCCCCAUUCUCGACCCGUUCUUGCCUAAAUUACAUGUAAUUUUAGUCAAAUUACUUAGGAUUUUCCUUUUAUUACAUCAAUUUUUAGCUACAAUAAAGUUCUAAAUUAGUGGAAAACUCAAUUUCUCCAAUAAUUUAACUAUAUUUAUCAUAAUAUUGUUUGUUUUCUUGGGUCUUAUAAUAAAAAUAACGAAUAUUUCUAAUAUUUUUCAUACAAAUUGCAUACACAUUGUGUCGACCUGGCCCGAACCGUGACCCAUAAAAUUACCCGACCUGUCAUGGAGCGAGUCUGGGUACUGACAAACCCGCUCUGUACCUGCCCAUUGCCAUUCCUAGCCACUAGUCAUUAUAAUUGAAAAAUGAACAAAAACGUGUAUUACGUAAAUAAAACCAUGUGCUGUCAUAGAGCCCAAAGGCCCGAAUAACUUUAAUUAUGGGCCUCUCUGUGGUGGGUAGAUGGACUAGUUCCACUCCAUAGGCCCAUAGUUUAGUCAUCCCAUUAGAUCAAUUCCAAGGCCCAAGGGAUAAAAAGAUAUCUCACAUGGCUAACCUUCUCGUUAUGAUAAUGUGAUACCUUAAUUCAAUAGAUAGAUUCAGACGUGAAUAAGAAAUUGUCUGUGAUUCCAUCGUUAACGUGAAUCUCGAUUUUUCUCUUAAUGCAACUUCCUAGUUGAUUCUGCUAAGCAAACAAAGGCAUCAUUAUUAUAUUUACUAAAUAAACAAAUAAAUCAAGAAAGAUUCAACCAGACUGGGCCUAGCCCAAUCUCCAUUGAUAUCUCCUUUCUCCUCAGUCUCUCUCCCACUUGCCUGGCUCCAUCUCUGUAAUCAAAAUCACAAAUAGACAGCCGACAAAUCACCAGCCACACACACACAGUUCUUCUUCUCAGGCCCUAUCUCUUCAGUAAUCACCACCACCACAAAAGAGAAAAAAAAAAGUAGAAAAAGGGAUCUUUCUUAACAGAAGCUAUGGUGUCCAGAGUUUCCAGCCUCCAUCUCCAUUUCUCCCAUCCCUACCAUUCUUCCUCUUCUUCUUCUCCAACCACAAGAUCCCUUCUUCAAACCAACUCAACCACCAAGCUUAAUUUCCCAAUCAGAACAAAACCCAACAGACUGAAAUCCUUCCUUCCUCUUCUCCCAUUCAUCCCACAACAAUGCUCCAAGCCCACUCCUCCAAUGGCAGCACCGAACCCGGGUCAACCAGCCGAUCCGGAUCCGGCCCUCAUCAACGAGGAUCUCAAACCAACCGAACCGGGCCAACGAACCUUCACUGGGUGGGAGAUGGCCAGUCUCUGGGUCGGCCUCGUGGUUGGCGUCCCAACCUACUACCUGGCCGGAAGCCUGGUUGACUUGGGGAUGGCAUGGUGGCAGGGGAUCGCCACGGUUGUCCUAGCCAACGUGAUCCUCCUGUUCCCGUUGAUUCUCACGGGUGACCCGGGAACCCGGUACGGGAUUUCUUUCCCGGUUCUGGCCCGGUCCUCGUUCGGGGUCCGGGGCGCCCACGUCCCGACCCUGCUCCGAGCACUGGUCGGGUGCGGGUGGUACGGGAUCGAGACGUGGAUCGGCGGGGAGGCGAUUUUCAUCCUCCUGCCUCACGCCAUCAAGCGGUCGUCCUGGUCCAGAGCCUGGCCCUGGCUCGGGACCAGCCCGCUGGAGUUCGUGUGUUUCAUAGCGUUCUGGGUAGCUCAGUUGAUUAUAGCGUUGAGGGGUAUGGACGGGAUCCGCCAGCUCGAGAAGUACUCCGCCCCGGUUCUGAUCCUCCUCACCUCGGCCCUCUUCGUCUGGGCCUACGUUCGAGCCGGUGGGUUGGGCCAUAUGUUGUCCAUGUCCUCAAAGCUGACCGGUCCGCAAUUUUGGGGUCUGUUCUUCCCAUCUCUGACCGCCAACCUUAGUUUUUGGGCCACUUUGGCUCUUAACAUCCCGGAUUUCACCCGGUUCGCUAAGAGUCGAACCAAUCAAGUUACUGGUCAAUUAGGUCUUCCCAUUUUCAUGGGGUUGUUUACUUUUGUUGGAUUGGCGGUUACUUCGUCAACCAAGGUGAUAUAUGGGAGAGUGAUUUCGAACCCAAUUGAACUUCUGGAGCAAAUUGGUGGGAUAUGGACCAUGGUUUUGGCUAUAAUUGGAAUCAGCUUGGCUACUAUCACGACCAACAUUGCUGCCAACGUCGUAGCUCCGGCGAAUGCCCUAGUCAACUUGAGCCCCUCCACAUUUACCUUCAGGAGGGGAGCCCUGCUGACUGCUCUGCUGGGAAUCCUGUUCCAGCCAUGGCGGCUCCUGAAAUCGAGCGAGAGCUUCGUGUACACGUGGCUGGUCGGGUACUCGGCGUUGAUGGGUCCCAUCGGAGGGAUUCUACUGUCCGAUUAUUACCUAAUUCGCCGGAUGAAACUGAACGUGAGUGAUCUGUACACGUCGAGCCCCUCCGGCGAGUAUUUCUACACCGGAGGGUACAAUUUGGCGGCAAUGGCAGCUCUGGUCGUCGGAAUCCUGCCCGUGGUACCGGGGUUCUUGCAGAAAGUUGCGAUUUUCCCGGGAGCUCCGGGAGUGUUUGUGGGGAUUUACAACAAUGCUUGGUUUUUCAGUUUCUUCUUGAGUGGGUUCCUCUACUGGAUCCUUUCGGUUUGGUUGGGGAAGCGCCGCGGGUAUUGCACCGGCGGCGGUCCUCUGCUGGCCGGAGAAACAUAAGAUUGGCUUUUUGUAUUUACAGCCAUUUAAAAGAGUUAAAAUGGUGUUUUUAAGUGCAUAGUUUCAGCUCUGUAUACUUUUGAGUCCUCCCCUGCUGUAAAUUGUACUAAAUUUUUACACUAUUCAGAAAAAAGUAUAGAUAAGUAUAUCAACGAAUUUCUAGUUUAAGUGCAUUCUAGUUUAAGUGCAUAACUGUAUCUGAAUAGAUACGUAAUUUCAAAAUUGUCAGUUCGAGUCUCUACAAAGUACAAACUGUGCUCAUUUUCUAUUUCUUCUAUAAUUUUUAGUAUAAUAGUAGUGUUAAGUGUACCAUUGUAAAAUAGCUUCAUUCUCAUAACUAAAAUAUUAUAGUAUACUUAUGUAAAAAAAAUAAAUAUUAUAGUAUACUUAACUCCAUGGGCUCCUAAUACUGGCUUUCCCUCCCUUAAAAUAAAGUGGGCAAGUAGAUCGGACAUGUAGUUUCGGGGCCAGUAUUGGGCUCAACUUGAAACUUGUUCAGAGAGCCCAGCCCAAGCGUGCGGUACAAUUUAUCUGUUUUCUCAUAAGUCAUAUCUAUACUUGUGCUUGUUGUUUCUUAUUUCAUAAUAAUUGCUUUGAAUAUAAACAGUAAAACAGAGUCAAAUUUCAAAUAAAUUAACAUAAACCUCUAAUUUUUGAACUAAUUGAUAAAAUCAAAUGUUAGUUAUAUAAUAUUAGCAUGGAAACAUCGUUUUCAUAUGAGGAGAAUGAUUCAUUUAUAGUUACAUACAUGUACAAAAUAAACUAACCUAAUAAAUUUGUCAUUUACCUAGAAUAAUAAUAUAUAUUUAUCGUAAAAUAUUAUCAUGGUAAUAUAAUGUUGGCCAAUCCCUUAUCUCUAAAGUAGUUGAGAUCAACAAUCUAGUAAAUGAUAUCAUUUACG